GUUAUUGUUUUGGACAUUGUUUAUAAUUAUUGAUAUUACGAUAUUGUUCAUGGAUUUAAAAUUUGAUAAUGUAAAAUAUUCCGAGUAAAUAUGUCGGUUACAUAAAUUUAUCUAACUGUUUGUGUUUACGUUAAGUCAUGUCAUUUAUAUCGAAACGAGAACGAGUGUUCAACGAGUAUGAACUCUUGGAUUUGCCCGCGAGGAAUGAAGGAAAGCUGAAAGCGUAUUCGUCAUGCACGGACGCGAGGGCAUGGUCACAUUUUUGUUCGGAUAAAAGUGACCAUUUGGUGGAAGUCAUAAAACGUAACAAUGAAACCUGCAGACCGAAGUAUUUACCAACUGACGUCAUAGUGAACACACUUAUGGUGACGAAGAAUACAGAAAUUAAUCGUUUGAGACGGAAGAUUGAAGAAUUCGAACAGUUGCUAGCAGCAUACGAUCAGCUUGAACUUACUAAUGAUCAAAAGACCGAUAUAGCAAAUGCUCAUGCAGCUAUAAAAACGGCUAAUAAACAACUAGAUGACAUGUGUUUGGAUCUAGAUCUCUCAGGAUUUACGGAGGGUAUUGAUUCUGAAACAUUUGAGACGGGAAAAUCUAGAGGAGAUGAGAUAAUGCGAUUUCAAGAAUUUGAGACUAGCUCAUCAUUCGCAACUGAGAGGUCUGUGGAUAAAUCUUUUUAUCCGUGUAAAGAAACACAAACUCAAGGUGACAAGGGUGGGUCUCUUGCUUGUUCGUGUGAUGCAAGCACCGUAGUUCACGAUCCAAGAAUUGAAGACAUGAAAGAUACUAUAAUAAGAAAAGACGCCAAAUUGAAUGCGAUGCGAAAUACAAUUGCUGUGAUGGAAAAUGACGUUUGUGAACCGUAUUGCAUAUAUGCCCAUAUUUACACAGCGCUUGAAAAAAUAUUUGGGACUUUAUGUCAAAACGAAAAAUACAAACACUAUCUUGAUCUAUUGACGUCGGGAAAGGAUACACGAAACGUCGACAUAAAGGGAAAGAUCUUUUAUAAAUUAAAAGUAUUGGAAAAAUUCUGCUGUGCCUUAAUCUCACCUUGUUCAAAAGAUUGUUCUUGUUAUCACACUGAAAUAAUUUCACGUGUAGAAACCGCAUUCGCAGUGACACAUCAAGAUAACUUUGAAAUAAACAUCGAUAGUAAAAGAGCUCAUCUUGUAGCAGAUAUAAUAGGGAAUGAUGAAAUGAAAGAAAUUCUACACAAAAGUAGUACACCUGAAGAGGAAGAGUCUAUAGCAAAUGAAACCGUACUUAUUAACAGCUGUAGUAUUGAAGUACAAAAUCUACAUCGGUUAAAGAAUUUACAAGCUUGCUAUGAUGAACUUCUCGUCUGUCACGAUGAAUUAAAAUAUGAAAAAAAUUGUCUGACACAAAAAUGUCUAAAGUAUGACGAACUUGAAAAAGAAUGUGACAAUUUGAAAACCAAAUUAAAUUCUUAUAACAUGUUACUUUCGGAAAGAGAUUAUUAUAAAAAACGAUCAGAAGAUCUUGAUAAUCUCAAAGAGAAAUUUAUAGUUCUGGCUGAUGAAACAUCUACUUUGGAAACGCAGUUAUGUGCUCAAAGUGAUAUAAUCGAUUCAAAAUCAUCUUUAUUGGAGCAGAUCAGAUGCGAAAAUAUAUCUUUGCAAAAUAAAUUAAGCGAAGCUUCCACUGAUUGGGAAAAAGAGAAGCAUGGCUUAGUUUGUAAAUUAAAAGAGAGUGAAUGCAAGAUUAUGUGUCAAGAACAGCAAAUAGAAACUUUAACAGUUGAGAUAAACAAGUUUCUAAGGAUAAAUAAAGACUAUGUUGCAAGAGAAAGUCAACAUGAGAUAGAAGACUUUAUAGAGCAAAUAAAUUCACUUCGACAAGAAGUUAAAAAUCUUAAAGAUACUCUUUUUUACAAAGAAGAAGAAAACAAUAGAAUUAAAAAUGAAUUCCACGAAAAACUUAUGAAUGAUAAUCUUAAAAUUGAGAAUUGGAACGAGAGAAAUGAAAAGAUGAUUAAACGCAAUGAAAAGUUAGAGGAAUUAAUAGAUGAAUUACAAGAAUGUGUAAAAAAAUUAACAAAUGAAAAUCAAGAACUACUUAAUGAAAAGAAACAUUUAAACGAUGAAUUAGUUAACAAGUGUUUGGAGACGAAAAGUGUAAUAAUGGAAGCAGAAACCAUCAAACAGGAAAAUAGCAACCUUGUUAACCAGUUGCAGGAAAUGAAUCAGCUUUUCAAUGACAAAAUUCGAGAAUUAGAAAGUGAAAAAAAAGAAGCAUUGAAUUCUUUAAAUGUGGCCAGUAAAGAAAGUAAAUUACUAUUAGACGCUCUUAGUAAUUAUGGGAAAUUAUCAGUAAGUAGUGAGAAAACUGACAAUAACUUACAGAUUAGCGUAAAAAAAUCAGACGUAAUGGAAAUUAGAACGUUGGAUAAUCAAAGUACUGGAAGUGAAGUCUUAGUAAAUGAAAUUGAUAAAUUUGUAGCACUGAACACGGAAGGUAUCAAAAGUUUAAUAAGUCAAAGUCAUGAAAGUAUAAAAUAUUUAGAAGAAAAAGACAAUGAAGUAUUGGAAUGUAAGGUUCAAGAAAUAAAUGACCUAAAAGAAACUUUAAAGGUUUCACAAAAUAUGUAUGAAAAACUUGAAGAAGAAAAAGGCAGUUUGUUAAACGAGUUGCAAGAAACAACAAUUGAAUUAGACAAAGCAAAUAUUCAGAUUCAAGUACUUAAAGAGCAAAAAGAAUAUUUUGCUACUGUUUUGGAAGAAAAUAAAAAUAUGAAAGAAGAGCUGGCAAUGAUUAAACAUCGAAACGAUGUAAUGUUCGAUGAAAAUAAUAAUUUAAAAAAUGAUUUGUUACUCAAAAAUCAUGAAAUUCAGAGCCAUUUAAAUACUUUAGAUAAAAUUAAAAUAGAAAAGAAACUUUUUAUUUCACUUACGGAGAGAGUUAAAACUUUAGAACAAAACUAUUUUAACUUGUGUAGGGAAUAUGAUAAUUUACUUCUCGAAAAGGAUAAUAUUGAAACUCAAAUAACUAAACAAAAACAUGAACUCGAUAAUUUACGAAGCGUUAUAAACAAAACAAAUGAUAAAAACAAUAACUUGGUUAUACAAAUUCAAGCAUUACAAGAACAACAACAAAUACUACAAAAUAAUGUAGAUUCUCUACAGAUAGAAAACUUGAAUAUAAAGAGUUCUCUGAACGCGGUAAUAGAGGAAAAUAAUAAUCUCACAAGUGAAAUUAACUCCAAAGUAGCUUUAGAAAAGGAUCAUGACGAGUUAAAAACUGCUUAUGAUGAAAUUAAAAAAGAAAACGAAAAUCUUGAGCUCGAAUUACAAUCGAAAUCGAUACUCUUGCAAAGUUUAGAAAUAAGAAACCAAGAAUUGCAAGAAGCAACUAAGAACCUAAUGGCGUAUAAUGAGAACAUAGAAGAUACUUUAAUAAGCGCAAGAAAAGAGCUUCAGCUACAUGUAAAAUCGUCUAACUCUAUACAGGUAGUAGAUAUAAAAAAUGAAGUGGAGAAGAUUAAAGAAGAAAACUAUUGUAAUUUAAACCGAAUCCAACAUCUCUUAAACGAAUUGAAAGAAUCGGAUCAAACCAUCGCUAACCUUGGUAAAGAAAUUACUGAUCGAGAUGAUAAGAUAGCGAUUUUAGAAAACCAAGUCAAUGAAUUAGGAGAUGAAGUCGAAAGAUUGCAGACAAGCCUAGCUACCAUGUUGGACAUAGGCGAGAAUAGAGGUAUCAGAAACCACGAAGUAGAUAAAUCACUGAAGUUAAUGGAAGCACACCAUGCGAAAACAACACAUAAUAUGAGAAUUGAAUUGGCAAAAUUGAAGGAUCAUAAUCUACAAUUAGAAGAAAAACUCUCAACGACUAAGGUUGAAGUUGAAACAUCGGCUAAAGAAAAUGAAAGUCGGUUAAAUGGCGAAAGGGAAAUUAUUGCUACGGAUAUAAAGCAACUGGAAAUUAAAUGUGUUGGAGACAGCGCCUUGUCGCCAGAUAAUUGUGGCCUUAAAAGUAUAAUGACUUCGUUAGAACGAAUUGAUAAUUACAUUGAAACGAGAAAUAAUUCAUGUCAUUUAGUGUUAACAAAAGCUGAUGAGGCCAAAAAAAUUGUUGAAAAGGAAAAGCAAAAAAUAUUCAAAGAAAAAGAACAAGCAAUAAAAGAGAAGCUAGAUGCACAACAAGAAUUAAGCGUUCUUAAGAAAACUUUAGAAUAUCAAUUAUCUAAAGACAAAAGUGUUAUAAAUGACUUAGAAGCUGAACUACUUAAUCAAAAGCUUUUGAUUGAUAAGCUUAAACAUUCAGUUCGAAUUUACAUUUUGAAAUUAGAAGAUGAAAUUUGUUCUAUGCAAGACAUGUAUACAACAGCAUUAGAUAAAAUAAAUGAGUUAGAAGUCCGACUAGAAAAUGCAAUUAAGGAUAAGAAGGAGAAUCAAGAUAUUAUUAAGAAAGUUAAAUUGGAGCUCGAAGAAAAAUGUCAAGACAUAAAAUCUCUUAGAUCCAUAUUAGAAUCUUUAAAAAAUAAGAAGGUAAUCGAUUUUGCUGUACAAACCCAAUUAAAAUAUAACUUAACGAGCACAACAACACAAACUGAAAAAAUAGACUUCAAUGAAAUUGAUAGUAAUUAUUUACAUGAGAGUAAUAUAAAUAAUAAAAUUAUUGGUGGGUACGAAGAAGGAAGAGUGCUUAAUAAGCUAUCGGAUGAUUGCGUUGUACCAAGAUCAGAUAAAAAAGAAAGUCAGUUGUUAACUAACGUACAAGCUGAAGUUAACGAAGUUCAAAUUUUAACAGCAAACGUAGAACCGUCUUUAGGAUUUGUGAAAAAUGCGUAUGUACACUAUAAAAUUAAGAAACUAAGUUUUACAGCAAUGGAACAAUAUUCAGUUUCCUGCAUUAGUAACGAAGAUACUAUAGAGUCUGUGAGUAAGCAUUCAGGUCAUGUUAAUGAAACGAGUCCGGAUAAUAAUGCUUCAAAAUCAGAAAUUCCUCCAAAGGUCUUAACAUAUACAAUUGACGAUAAGAAGGAAAGAGAUAAAAUUGAUUUUGAUACUCCAAAUGUUGCCAUGGUGAACGAAACUAGUAUUAAUGAUAUCUAUGCUAAUACUAGUGGAAGUAAUGAAAUUAAUCUGUCUUUAACUCAAUCAAAUAUUGUUAGUAAUAAGGAUUUUAUUAUAAUCUAUCGAGACUCGGAUUGUGAGGACGAAAGUAAAAUCAAUACAGGAAUUCCUAAAGAAAAAAUGAGAUUAAAUGAAUCACUGUAUAAGGCAGUGAGCAGAGAAAUACUAUUACCACAAAAUAAUUAUUAUUCUGCAAAAAAAAUAUCGGACACAAAACCUUUCAAACAGAAUUUGUAUAAAACCGAGAAUAUAACUCCACUUUUAAGUGAUGAAGGCAAAAGUAAUUUGUUAGCGUCUAAUCCUGUUUACUCGCACGUUUCCUUAAGCGAAACGACUUUUGUAAAAAAUCUUGGUAUCGUUAAGAAGGUUAGCAAAGAAGAGCAUAAAAAUGGAAUAAAUGGUAGAAAAGCUACUGAUAGUCGGAUUUCACGUUCAUUUACUUCUUUGAAGUCAUUUAGGGGAAAUUAUGAACCUUUAGAAGUGAAAGAAAAUCUUGAAGAAGAAAUAACAUUUGACAAUGUUCCCAAAACUAAGAUCGACUUGUACUUGUAUCAACGGAAUGUUUUAGAACGCGAUAGUAAUUUGUAUAUCGGAAACAAUAUAACAAAUGAUUCUGUCGAUACAACCUCGCAAUUAGACAUAAGAAAAAGGAAUAACGCCUUUGAGAAAAGUCUUGAUUAUACAAAGAACGCAGUAAAUGAAAUCGGAAACCAAGUGGACAACAAUAAAGAUAGUCUUGAACCUACAAAUACUGAAAUAUUCAGAGAAUUUCUAAGAAGGACCUAUAGCAAUGAACAACUUAGGAAGCCUUUUACAAAUGACCCUGUAGUGUCGAAACAUACAAAGUUAUUGACUAGUAUACCAAAAGAAUUGAAUAUUAAAUCUAGUAAAAAUGUCACUAAUGUCGCUGACCACUUAAAGACUAAAGAUGUCGCUGUCAUGGUUCAAUUCGACAACCAGCAAGAAAAAAUCAAAUUUCUUACAAGUACUUUAGAAAACAUAGACAGGAAUUACAAAGAAAAGAUCCGAGCAAUCAAAGCACAAUAUGACAAUAACAUUAAAAAUAUUAUGAAUGAACAUAACCAGGGAGUCCAAAAUUUACAAAACCUUCAUGAGGAAACCUUACAGGACAUUUUAAAAGUACACGAAAAUGAAACUGAUAAUUUAAGAAGUAUGAGCAUUGAUGCAAUGCGAAAAGUUGAUAAACUGGAAAAAGAGAACAAGAUUUUAAGAGCUAAAAUUAUUUUGUCUAACCCUUCAAAUGUAAAUAAGGACAUUGCAAACGCUUCUUUCGGUGACAUGAACAAACAAUAUUCCAAAAAGAGCUCGAAUUAUGAAAUAAAGACAUUAACAAAAACUGAUGUUGAAGAAUUUAACUAUAAUCCAAAAAUGAAGAUACACGGGCCUUGUACUUGUUCCCUUGAUAUAAACAUUUCUGAUACGAUACGCAAUAUAUUUGAGCAAGUUGAUGUUGAACAACGAAGGAUUGCAGAACAAGCAUAUUUGAAAUACAUAGCAAACAAAAUAUUGAAGGAAAAUAUUGAGUCAUUGGAUGCUCAAGAGCUCUCUUAUCUGCAUUUUAAAAUAUGUAGAACGUGGAAAACAAUACUUCGUAAAGAGGAAGUUCUCAGUAAGAGAAUAGACUGUUUAGAAAAUGAAGUCCUUAACAAACAACGACAAAGGAAUAAACACAUCGCUGAGAUAGAUCGCAAAGUGGCAGAGGAGAGGCGGCGUUUGCAGGAAGUCCGUGAAGCAGUGUGCCGGGACGCGUUUGAGUUUCCAGGCAGUCCACAACCGAAUAAAAGUCAAGACCCCAGUAUGUUGUCUUAUGAAACCAACGCUACACGUUCGCAAGCCAAUUCUUACAACGUAAAUAUUGAAGAAAGACUUCCGGCCGGUGACAUCGCGCCCGGAUUGCCAUGUUCAGAGCUAAGACAGCGGACUGUAAAUCGGGAAUCACAAAGGACGGUCGCGGGCAAAGGCGAGGAACGUCGGGAAAAGAGAAUAUAUUGUGAUGAAAAACCAACGCGUUUACGACGUACGACAGAUCGAACGAACCCGAGAACGCACAAAAAAUAACGAAUCCUGUAAUAAAAUUGAUAAAACUCUUAAAAUCGAAUAAACUGAAAGGUUGGCUUUUCAUUAUAAAAAAGAAAUUAUAGUGAAACGAAUAUGUGAAAAAAUUUGUAAGUCCUUGGAUGAUAUCCAUAUAAUGUUUCUGAAUAUGAAAUUUUUAUUACGUCUUUCGUAUGUUUUGUUCGUCUUUUAUAUUAAUUUAUAUUUAUUGUAU